GGCUGGUCUGAUACUUUAUCCUUUCAUGCUACAUGUUAUAGAGAUUUCUAAUAAUUUUUAUUAGAAAAUAACAUUUUUGUGACUUAAAAGUUCUAUGAUAUUAAAAAUUUGAGUGAAACCUUCUCUAAAAUUUAAGUUUGUUUGGCUUACUUUAAUGGAAACAAGACAUCAGUAACAUCUGAGACUACUUUGCUUUUAAUUGCAUACUGAUAUUAAUCAACAAUUCUCUGAAGUUUCCAUGUUUAAUCAUUUGGAGCCUCUUGAAUUAGUCCUGUGUUCUCAGAUUUAUCAUCAAACACAUAUUGCCAACUAAAUCAGGAGAAAAGAUAAAGUAUAAGAAAUCAAGCAUCCUCAAGCUGAACUAUAUCCAGUCCUUUGUCACACUUACCAGAUUUAUCUAAACCUCUGUUUGCCGAUGUUAAACAGGCAAGCAUUGCAGACAACACCACUUUCAUGUUAUUCAGAUUAAGGAGAGGAGACUGGAGUAUAUAGGAAAUGUCGUGGAUGUUCUAGCCUGACACUAGAUUUGAAUAUGAGUACAUUUGAAGAGGAUUCUGAGCCAGUAACAAUUGAAAUUGUAAGUUCUGUCUUACCUACAGAAGACACAGAGAGAAACCUCAUUCUCUGCCUUCAGAAUGAAACUGAUAAAAUGGAAAACCUUACUGAACCUCUGAAUAAGAGGCCUUGUUUGUCCUCAGAGGAUGAUUCCACUCCUUGUGUACCAGCAGCUGCAUCCCCACUACCAAAAAUGGAACAGAGUUUUCAGUUGGUCACAACCUCAGCCACAGAAUUGACAGAUGAAGAGAUUACUGGGGGAACUAUGUUGCAGUUUGUGAUUUUACAGGAUGAUAAACCAGAAAAAAAAAUUCCCUUGGCAAGUAAGGAAGAGUCAAGCAUUAGGCAAGCAUGGGUCACAGCUAAAGAAGAUAAAGUUAAUCUAAUCAAACAAGGACAUAAAUGGAAGCAGGGAGUGUGGUCUAAGGAGGAAACAGAUAUUUUAAUGAACAACAUUGAAUGCUAUAUGAAGGAACAUGGAGUAGAGAAUGUCGCAGAAAUCAUUUUUAAGAUGUCAAAAGGUAAAAGAAAAGAUUUCUACAAGACUAUAUCAUUGGGUCUGAAUCGACCUUUGUUUUCAGUAUAUAGAAGAGUGGUCCGAAUGUACGAUAACAGAAACCAUGUGGGAAAGUACACCCCUGAAGAAAGUGAGAAGCUCAAGGAGCUUUGGCAGCAGCAUGGUAAUGACUGGAUAAAAAUAGGUGCUGCCAUGGGAAGAAGUCCAUCUUCUGUCAAAGACCGUUGCCGACUAAUGAAGGAUACUUGGAACACAGGGAAAUGGACCAAAGAAGAGGAACAUAUUCUCAGAGAUGUGGUUCAUGAAUUGACAUGCACUGAGGUGAAUGAAAAAGUCACAAAGGGUGUGUCUUGGUCAACAGUGGCUCAACGAGUAGGUACUCGCUCAGCAAAGCAGUGCCGAGCAAAAUGGCUCAACUACCUGAACUGGAAACAGACUGGAGGAAUUGAGUGGACAAGGAAAGAUGAUGUCACUCUCAUAAACAAGCUUACAGAACUUGAUGUAUCUGAUGAAAAUGAAAUUAACUGGGAUAAUUUAGCUAAAGGAUGGAAAAGUGUUCGUUCACCACAAUGGCUGCAUAGUAAAUGGUGGACCAUUAAACGGCAAAUAACAAACCAUAAGGACUUCACAUUCCCAGUCCUAGUAAAAAGUCUUCAACAAAUAUAUGAGAGCCAAAAUGCCAGUCUCAUGUUUUGGGAAAAUAAAUCAGGAUCUGAAUUGUCAAAUAGUAAACCUGACAUCAGUGUUCAACAAGUCCCAUGCGUAGUCGAUGGUGUAGAAGAUAACAGUACAUGCAUCUGUCCAGUCAGCAUGACAGGAUUGCAAAUUACACUUCAGGUUGCUCCUGGUUCUUCAGCAGACUACCCUGUGGCUAUUGCUAACUCUGAAACAAUAACCCUGCCCAAUGGACCACAAUAGAUAUCUGAGAUGCUUCCUUCUUUCCAUUCCCACAACUUGUGUCAACAUCCUUCAAAGCAACUCAGCUCAAGGACUUCCCUUACUUAGUUCUGGUGCUGCAACUCCUUCUCCUAACCCAUCACAUUUCACUUUUUAUCCCCAGAAUAUCUACUGAACACUAAAAUCAAUGACAUGUGGAGUGUCAUAUAUCAAGAUUCAUUACUAAAAUAUUUGAGAAAAAUAACAAUGAUUUUUACACAUCCCAAGCAGAAUUGACAGUCAAUAUCAAUAUCAAUUGCUUUGAUUUUUGUGGUCUUGUAAAUUCAUUUAAAGCAAACAAAUUACCUGACAGAAUUAUUUAACUAACCUGGCUUUGUAACAAUCAUUUAAUUAUACCCUGGUUUCUAAAUUCAGAGACCCAAAAAGCAUAGAAAUAAUAAACUGUGCUAUAAUUACACCAGAAUAAGUCUGUGACAUCAACCAUAAGGAUAAGAAAUUCACUCUGAUUUAUCCAGUUACUCACCAUAGUAGAGCAAGUGCUUCCUUUACACAAGUCGUGACAAAACCAUGUUUCGUGCCCUUUCACUACCUGGUUUUAUCAAGGCAUUGGGUUUUACAGGUGCUGAACCUGUCUUGCAAUUCACAACACUAAUAGGUCUAAUAAACCAAAAACUGCAAGCAUUGUAUAUCAUUGCUUCCUUUAUGGGCAACAUCAUUUCUAAAAUCAUAAAGGAUAUUGAACUUGUGAAAUAUUACUAGUCUAUCCUUAGAAACAAGCAAAAUUCCAAAGCAAUUAUAUUGGAAGAGUGAUGCCUGAGAGACUUUAAUUUCUAAUCUUCUGAAUCACAUAGAUACAGUAAUGGUGAUGAAGUGUUACUGGAUCUGCAGAGGAACAGGACUGAUGAUCAAUAUGACUUACUUCUAAUCUCCUGACUCACAUAGCUACAGUGAGUUAGUUGUGAACAUUAAGACUAUGACUUUUUUUUUUUACUAUUUUCAAUAACACUGAGAUCCAGUUUUAUAAUACUGUGUGAGUGGACAGUGAGAAGUUUAAUUGUACAUCCUUGUGUGUGGAAUGUUAUAUAAUAAGGGGAUUUUUCCCCUCAGAUACUUGAAAAGUUUCAAAGCACUAAAGGUUAACUGCAGCAAUAUUCAUAUUAUACCUCAGACAUGGUAUUGAUUAAAUAUCUAUAAGGAUUGCUUACAUUUUAAAUAAGUCCUGA